AUGGGUACAGAUGAUGAAGGACCGUCGUAUAAUGGAAUGUAUUACUCAAUUCAGCUGGAUGAUGAUUUCGUGGGUGCUGUUGUUGCUCUGUUCUAUCCAAACGUAGCCAGUAGCGAGGUAUGUUACAUCCAUCAGUCAACCGUCCGACAGGGUGUGGUCAAGUGGGUUGCACCCCCGGACCCAUGCAGUUGUAAGGAGACUCGCGUCGGGGGGUUGAACACCGUGGAAGAGCCUGAACCACCCAACGGCUUUCUCAAUGAUGUGCUCUUCACUCGCAACGAAGAGAAGUUGAGGGCGUGGUUUGGAUGUCCUAGCAUAGAAGUUCCUACAACUGCUGCAGUCACACCCACUGCUGCAAUUCCUACAACUGCUGCAGUCACACCCACUGCUGCAGUCCCUACCACUGUUGCAGUCCCUACUGCUGCUGCCACUGCUGCAGUCCCUACAACUGCUGCAGUCACACCCACGGCUGCAGUUCCUACAACUGCUGCAGUCACACCCACUGCUGCAGUCCCUACAACUGCUGCAGUCCCUACUGCUGCUGCCACUGCUGCAGUCCCUACAACUGCUGCAAUCACACCCACUGCUGCAGUUCCUAUAACUGCUGCAGUCACACCCACUGCUGCAGUUCCUACAACUGCUGCAGUCACACCCACUGCUGCAGUCCCUACAACUGCUGCAGUCACACCCACUGCUGCAGUCCCUACCACCGAUGCUGCUCUUUGGCUGACCGACUGUGCAGACAUCCUCAGCAAUGGAACCGACGAUAGCGGGCUGUACACCGUCUACCCUCACGGCACUGCCCCUGGGGUGACCGUCUACUGCGACAUGGAUACAGGUGUCGGCGGUUGGAUAGUAUUCCAGCGGCGGCAUGAUGGGUCCGUGGAUUUCUACCGCGAUUGGCUCACAUACAGAAAUGGGUUCGGGAAUAUGUCUGGUGAGUUUUGGCUCGGCAACAAUAACCUACGACGUCUGACCGGAACGAACAAGUGGGAGCUGAGGGUGGAUUUAGUUGCUUGGGACGGCACCCAGGCUUACAGCAGGUACGGAUCCUUUGAGGUUAGAGGCGACGAGUACACACUACUGGUAGCUGACAAGAAACCGGGAGGAGGAGCAGGUGACUCUUUGAAGCAUCAUAACGGGAGCGAUUUCUCUACUCGGGAUCGGGACAACGACGGUUACCACGCAGGUUCUUGCGCCAAAGGGUCCCAGGGAGCUUGGUGGUACUCCUCAUCGUGCGGUUCGAGUCGUCUGAAUGGACCGUACAGGGAGCAUGCCGAUACCGUGCCGGGGGACGGAUAUGGUAUCAUUUGGACGACAUUCAAAGGUGUCGAUCCACUGAAGGAAUGUGAAAUGAAAAUCCGGCAAUUGCCAUAA